AUGUGGUUACUGCGAUCCCUCGGGGAGCGUAUGAACGCCACACGUACUGUCAAAGAAUUCUGGAUAAGAGUGCUGGAAGGCCUGAAUCACAACGAAUACGACGUACCCUUUGCGCUUCUAUAUACCGUUACCGAGGCAGACGACAUUGAGAAUGGUUCCUCGCAUUCAGAUGCAACGCCAACGUCUGUCAAGUCAUGCGUGUUCGAAGGAUCUAUCGGCGUGCCGAGAGGGCAUGCAGUGUCUCCCGACAAUUUCAGCUUCAAGAACUACGAUGGUAUCUUGACACCUGCUUUUCGAGCAGCUACCCAGACCCUGGAGCCCAGGAUGUUGAGCAUCAAAGACCAUACGCUUCCACAGCCACUGUUAGACAUCAUCGAAUGGCGCGGCUACAAGGAUCCUUGUAGAGAGGCCAUAGUUCUACCUCUACGACCAACCAAUGCAGACAACGUGUCUUUCAUCGCCAUGCUCAAUAGACAGAUCGCCACGUCGUUGGCGUCAGUACUACUUUUCGAAGGUGAAGUGCGGCAAAGCAAAGAAGUCGCUGAGAUGGCUACCCUACAAAGAGAACAGAUGUCUCGACAGCUCCAACUUCAGACCGGACGAAUGCGCCGAAUGACCGAACUAUCGCCCAUGGGCAUGUACCUAUUCAAUCCGGAUGGACUUUUAUUGGAGGCGAACGAGAAAUACUACGAGAUGACAGGUGUCUCACCUACAGGAACCAAACUACCUUGGACUAUUGAGAUGAUGGUGGGUGAGAGCAAGCAAGUGGCACAAGACAUGUGGAACUCAAGUCGUGAGCUACAAUUCGCCAACUCGACAUUCCAGCCCCGAGAUAUCGACGGUUCACUAAUCGAAUAUUGGGUCCUCUCUGCUAGUCAGCCAGAGCUAAGCCCCGAUGGUGAGCUGAUCAGCAUCAUGGGCUCGCUCACGGACAUUUCGCAUUUGAAGUGGGCGCAGGGUCUGCAAGAACGAAGACUACGAGAGGCAGAAGAGGCGAAGCGUCAACAAAACGAAUUCAUCGACAUCACGUCGCACGAGAUGAGAAACCCGCUUUCCGCGAUCUUGAUAUGCGCCGACGAUAUCAAAGAUACUCUGACGCACUAUAAAUUCUCAUGCACUGGCGAUCGAAAGAUGGCCCAGGACUGUAUCGAGGCUGCUGAAAACAUCGCUCUUUGUGUUCAGCAUCAAAAGUCGAUCGUCGACGAUAUUCUCACGGUCUCAAAGCUGGACUCGAAUCUUCUCCGCAUCACUCCAAUUCCAGCGCAGCCUAUCAUCGUUGUACAGCGGUCUAUGGCAAUGUUCCGUCCUGAAAUACAAGCCAAGAACAUCGACUUCAAGUUCGUUCCGCAUCAGAGUAUCCGAGACCUCGAAAUUGACUGGGUCAUUCUUGAUCCAAGUCGACUCCUUCAAAUCAUCGUCAACCUUAUUACCAAUGCCAUCAAGUUCACUAUGGACGCACCAGUUCGCUCGAUCACAGUUCAUGUCUGUGCUCAUGCGGAAUCGCCAGACUUUGGCGUACCAGAAGGAUUCCAAUUUGUUCCGCCAAGACAAAUCGUGAGCGAAUUCGGAAACGGCGAGGGUUGGGGCUCAGGCUCGUUUGUCUAUCUUCGGUUCAAUGUCCAGGACACUGGAUGCGGUUUGUCGCCUCAGCAGAUAUCGCUGCUAUUUGAGAAGUUUGCGCAAGCUUACGGCGGUAGCGGUCUCGGACUCUUCAUCUCGCGCCAACUUGCCGAGCUUCACGGCGGUCAGAUCGGCGUCUCGUCACAAGCUGGCGUCGGCAGUACUUUCGGGUUCUACUUGAAAUGCAAACGCAUGAUUGCAAAAAAGCCUACGAUCUCAACAGAUACAGUGAAGCACGCUCUAGACGCCGAACACGCGGCAUCUUCGCGCAAAAUCAGCGCCGCAGCUGCGAACCAGAACUCCACCGCGCCCGCUGCCACGCCUAAGGAAGUUGAGACCCCGGUACAAGCACAGAUUCCCCGGCCCACAGACGACAAGAAAGACGAAGAGGAAGAUGACCGACUUCACGUUCUUGUCGUCGAAGACAAUCUAGUCAACCAAAAGGUACUGGUGAAACAGCUCACAAAAACUGGCUGUGUCACACAUACCGCCGAUAACGGCGUCUGGGCAUUGAAGCAUCUCGCGAAAACGAGAUUUUGCGUUGCUAAUGGCAUGCCACUCACCAUCAUUCUCAUGGACUGCGAGAUGCCGGAGAUGGACGGCCUCACCUGCUGCAGGAAGAUACGAGAGAUGGAGGAACGGAAAGAGAUUACGAAGCAUGUGCCAAUCAUUGCGGUCACCGCGAAUAUUCGAGGGGGACAGAUGGAUGACGCAAAGGAAGCGGGUAUGGAUGAUGUUGUUGGAAAGCCGUUCAGGAUUCCGGAUCUCUUGGCCAAGAUGAAGGCCUUGUUGAAGAAGCUUGAGGACUAA